GUCCCUUGCACUUGAGCACUGACAUACCGAUCUUGCAGAGUAUCGCAUCUACCUUGUACUUGAGGGUAGACUUCCGACAUUCAGGAAACCAUGGCUUCUUUUCUUCAAGCAGUCAUUGUUGACUCGAAGCCCAAGCUUCUGUCUCUUCUUGACAAGCUGAGCGCCGUCCGCCCUCCAACCGGUCCGUUCGAUCCUCCCAGUCUCUACUGUGACAUCGAGGGAGAGAACCUUGGCCGCCGCGGCACAAUCUCCAUCUUCGCCCUGUUCCACUACCCGGAGAACACAGCGUACCUGAUCGACGUUCACAAACUGCAGCACGACGCCUUCACCGCCGCCAACGAGGGUGGAACCACUCUCAAGAGUGUCCUUGAGUCCUCCGAGGUCCCAAAGGGCUUCUUCGAUAUACGCAACGACUCGGACGCCCUUUUCAGCCUCUUUGGCAUCAAGGUCGCAUGCAUCCACGACAUCCAGCUCAUGGAACUUGCUAGACGCAACGGAUCCAAGAGACGCGUGUCUGGCCUGGCGAGGUGCAUCGAGAUGGACCUGAAAGCUGUCUCUGACCGCUCAGGCGCUGAGCGGGCCAUCAGAGCCAAGCGGGCCGGUGAGAGGCUUUGGAACCCGCGCCUGGGAGGACUGUAUGCCGUGUUCAACCAGCGGCCGAUGCUGCCAGCCAUUGUUGAGUACUGCAGCGCGGAUGUCUCCAUUCUCCCGAGCCUCUGGAAGGCCUACGUCACCGAGCUCCGGGCAGAUGGCAAGAUGUUCUGGCGCUCGCAAGUGCGGCAGAAGACGUUGGCCCGGAUCAAGGAAUCCCAAUCCGCUCGCUAUGACCCUGAAGGGGGCGACAGGUCGGCUGGGCCAUGGGAUUGGCAGCCUGGAGGAUUGGAGGAUCUGAUGGAUGAGUGGUUCGAAUCUUGUGCGUCGGACUACAACCUUGGUGACACGUACACAGAGAUCGCCUUUGGACAGCUCCGAAUGGUUUAAUGUCUGUAGUCCACCUGCCAAAGGUUUCAAAUACGGUGAAGCCCUUUGUACGUGGUCAGCAACAUGCGAGAGACUGAGGAGGAACAGAUGUAUUCCCCUAAUCGCGAAUUCCUAUCAUUCUUUAUCAAAUUAGAUGCCGAGGCACCUCUAUCACUGUGA